AACUUAAUUUUAGUAGCUUGUAGAUUAAAAUAAAGAUAAGUGAUAGCAGGCACUUUUAAAAUAGCAUAUGUUUUCUUGAGAGACUAGUUGCAAAUCCUGUGCUUCCCAAAGAUAUGGCAUUCAGAACUCUGAGGAUCUCAGAUGUAUUAUGGCUGUUUAAGGGUCAGGGAUAAUACUGCUACUUCCCUCCUUUCCAGAUGUCUAAUGUGAUGAGGCAUAACAACAUUUCGGAACUGAAGAGCUUCCCUUGCUCCAUUAAGCCACAAAGCAAUCCUUCAUCAAGCCCGUUUGUGGGUGAAAUGUGUUGCCAGACUACAACAGCCCUCUUUUCAGUGAAUCCACUCCAGCAUAAAUCAGAAAUGGUCAGCAGCCAGCCUCUUCCCAUAUCAGACAAUGGCAAAAGGAAAAAGAAAAAAAGAACCAGAGCUACAGACCAUUUUCCUGGAAGAUUUGAAGAUUUGUACAAACUCACUGCAGAGUUGCUUGGUGAGGGGUCCUCUGCCAAGGUACAGGGAGCGAUUAGCUUGCAAAAUGGGAAGGAAUAUGCAGUUAAAAUAAUUGAAAAAAAUGCUGGGCAUAGUCGGAGUCGUGUGUUCCGAGAAGUGGAAACAUUGUAUCAGUGUCAGGGUAACAAGAACAUUUUGGAAUUAAUAGAAUUUUUUGAAGAUAAUACAAGAUACUACCUUGUCUUCGAAAAACUACAUGGAGGCUCUAUCCUGGCCCACAUACAGAAGCAAAAGCACUUUAAUGAGAGAGAAGCCAGCAGGGUGGUGAGAGACAUUGCCUGUGCUCUGGAUUUCCUGCACACAAAAGGUAUUGCACAUCGAGACCUAAAACCUGAAAACAUUUUGUGUGAAUCUCCCAAUAAGGUGUCACCAGUGAGAAUUUGUGACUUUGAUCUUGGAAGUGGGGUAAAGCUCAACAGUGCUUGUACUCCGAUCACUACGCCUGAGUUGACUACUCCAUGUGGUUCUGCGGAGUACAUGGCCCCUGAGGUGGUGGAAGUCUUCACAGAGGAAGCCACAUUCUACGACAAGCGCUGUGACCUGUGGAGCUUGGGCGUGAUUUUGUACAUCAUGUUAAGUGGCUACCCACCUUUUGUUGGGAACUGUGGCACAGAUUGUGGCUGGGACAGGGGAGAAAUCUGCAAAAUUUGUCAGAACAAGCUCUUUGAGAGUAUCCAGGAAGGCAAUUAUGAGUUUCCUGAUAAGGACUGGUCUCAUAUCUCCAGCGAUGCGAAAGAUCUCAUCUCAAAGUUGCUAGUCCGUGAUGCCAAAAAGAGGCUUAAUGCUGCUCAGGUUCUACAGCAUUCAUGGGUACAAGGUCAUGCUUCUGAAAGAGGACUGCCCACACCGCAGAUUCUUCAAAGGAACAGCAGCACGAAAGAGCUGACUCUCUUUGCAGCUGAGGCUAUUGCUCUGAACCGCCAGCUCUCCCAGCAUGAGAAUCAUCUCAAUGAAGAGCAAGAGAUUAUCACUCAGGCCAUGUGCUCCAUGAAGCUUUCUCCCCCCUCCAAAUCCCGCCUUGCCAAACGCAGAGCUAUGGCUCAGGCCACAAAAAGUAGUGACUUCCAACCAGCUGCUCAUGCAGCCCUUUGAUGCAAGUUUUCCAGUUGUUAGGGUCAGCUUUUGUAUACUUGUUUUAAAGGACUCAUGGGUAUAUUAACUUUUUAAAAGAACAAAGCUUGUGAUGAAGUAAUUUAAAGGACAAUUUCCUUGGAAAUGCCUUCUUAGAAAGUUGAUAAAUGUGGUGAAUUCUAGGAAGUUCUUAGGUGAUGUUGCUGCUGUGUUAAUGAUACCACAAAUCACUUAGGUUUGCACCCAAUCUUCUCUAACCAGAGGAUAAACCUCCACCACUAGCCUUGUGACUAAUAGAAAUAUGGCUCUGAGUUCACAGGCUCUUGAAGGUGCUCGCAGUGCUUACACAACUCCAGCUCUCUUCCUGCAGCCACAGAAUAAUUAUGAUGUUCAUCCUCCAAGAAGCUUUGCUCACCUGCAUUUUUGUAAAUAAUUAUUUCUUUGUCCACUGCAAAAUACAUCAAAGUCUUUCAUCUUCAUCUUGGGUCAUAUCCUAUAUUUCCCUUUACUGAUUCAGACCCUUAACUUGCCUGGAUGUCUGUGGAGGUGACUUUGGAAUGCUAGAGGCAUGUCUCUUUCAAUGCUAACAUGCAUCUAAAGUGUCCCAUAUUUCUCACCCCCACCCAAAAGUCAUGUUUUGUCACUGAUUCAGAGUACAUCCUAAACAUUUUGUUGGCAAAAAGUAAUUUUGGAAUCGGCCCUCAGCAUGCAGAGUCUUCCCACCCUUAGUAAGUCCCCUGGUUUUGCUGCAGUUUCCAAGUGAUCUACUUGGGGAAUUCUGCUUUUAAUUGUUUAAAGUGUUUGGUCCAAUUUUAUAUAAGGCAUUUCUCUAAGGGAGAACCUCACUAAGACCUACAGAGAGAUGAUCGAAAGAUUAAUUUCCCUAUGAGAGCACUACUGGAAAGCUCUUCCCUGUGGUGGCAUAUACAGAAUUGGCAAUGCCUGAAAGCUUUGUAUUGUGUGCAUCAGCCCAAAUGAACACAGCACAGAACAUGCAGUGCUGGUAUGGGAUGCUGCAUGUUUUCAGACAGCUGUGUGCAGUAAGGAGCAGUGUUGUUGAAGCUUUUAUUUGGAGUGCCACCAGAGGACAGGGCUUGAUGGUGCAUGCAUUCAGUAAUUUGUAUUAGUCCUGUCUUGGGAAGUGAUGAGGUAUUCCUGUAGUCUUUCCUUAAAUGCUUUCCCCUGGUUUGGUAUGCUAACCCUGUAACAAUUUGUGUUGAAUAAGGAUGUCAUAGCACGCAAAAAGUUUAAACAUAGUCACCUUGCGGAUUUGCAGAAUUUUCUGUACCAUCUCUCUGAUAAUCUGAAGAGCACUUAAUAGUUUUGAUAGCAGUUCUUCUGUGAAAUGUCUACACAUAUGACAUGGCCAGACUUCUCUAUUCCAGUGAACAAAAAGUUAUACUGCUUUGGAUCUGCUUUGGAAUAGUUAUUCUUGCAGUUGAGACCUACAUUCCAUAGUCCGCCUAAUGUAAAGACGUGAAGUUGAAGGCGGAGAAAGGGAGACCACAGCAUCAAUGAAUUACAUUUUUAUAGCCUCACGUAAACACAUUUUUUCAUGCACAGCUGCAACUGUUUCUCUGCUAUUACUGUUUCCUCUACCCCUCCCCAUAUUCCCAUUCACAGUAGAACGAGAUUGGAGUAGUUUUAUAUCUCAAGCCUUCUCUGCUUUUGAGUGGGUUAUGACAAGACAAGUGAUGAGAGUAACAUCAGACUGCUUUUUAACUCUUGACAUACCAUGUAUGUAACUUCUCUUGAAGUGUGGUGGAUUGAGAAUCACUCAUGGUUGUACAAUGGUUAUUUUAAAACCAAAUCAGUGAGUUUAUCUUGAGCAUCCUAGGAAGCUUUUCUUUAUUAAAGGUGCUAAACCUGUUCACCUUGGGAAAUACUCAUCUUGAUUAAAAAAUCCCUUUUUAAUCAAGGUGAGUAUUUAAAUUUGGUAAUUUUUAAAGAGCAGUAUUAAUGUGGAAUA